GAAAUCGACAUGGAGAAUUUGGACCAGGGAUUUUUUGCUUCGGGGCUGGAUUCCUUCGACAUGGGCGUCAUCCAAAACAGGCUGGGCCGCGCCCUGGGAAAGACCUUGCCCGCCACAUUGAUGUUGGACCUACCCACCGUCAAGGAGCUCACCGAAAAGUUGGACAAAGACCGUGGCAUCACCGGGGCGGCUGAAGGUAGCCACUCGGAGAGCGAGUCCACCAGCAACACCUCCGAGACCCGCGACGGCAGCGGCGGCAGCGGCUCCCGCCGCGUCUCGCCCCCCGCGGGCGAUGGCACGCGGAAGGGCGGUGGACGCGUCACGACGGAGCGCGGGAGCGACGACAGCAUCACCGAGUGGGUGCGGAGUUGGCGACAAUAUUUGUACGAGAAGACCAAGGUGAAGCGCGCCGAGCAGCGCGUGCGCAGCGGCACGCCGCUGGGCCGCCGCAACCGCUCGCUGUCGGCCGGGCGCCGCAAGGAGUCGCCCUGGGAGAAGAUGACCACGGAGGAGUUGCAGCGGGUGCAGCUGAAACUCACCUGGCUGCUACGUCUGCCGCAGAACCAGCGACGCCUGCAGCAGGUCAUUGAGAAGCAGCACGAGAGCGAGUUGGGUCUCUUCUGCGACCUGCGACCGGUCCUGGAUUCGAUCCUGGGACCCCCGUUGCUGGCCAUGGGUCUGGUGCAGGACACCAAACCUCGAAUUCUUCAAGAUGCCCGCGACGACAUGGAGAGUCGCGCCAACACUCUCGGGGACGAGGCAUGGACGCGACAGAAGGAGCUUCUGAGCCUCAUGAAGCUGGACCACCUGGAGCCCCUCGCGUCCCGCGGCCGCAGCACCUCCCCGGUGGACACGCGGCCGCCGAGCGCCGCCGCGUCCGCGGCGGCGCGGGUCUUCUCGGCGCCGCGGUGAGGGCGCGCUCGUGCACCUCAUCUUCCGAACUUUUCGACCUGAAAACUCGCUGAUUGCGUGGAGAAAA